UUGCGUAUUCAAUAAGUUAACAGAGAGGAGACUAGAGACUGGUACUUGUGUUACGUUUAUACAGUGGACAUAAAGACUUCUUCAAAACAAAACUUUAGAGGAAAAAGCUAGACCAAUCACCCAGACCAAAACAAAAACUAUAGCAUAGUAGUAAUACAAUAUUAAUAUCGAGUUGUGACGAACAGAUCUUAUUGCUACGAUCGACUUCUUCUUCUUCUUCUUCUCUUUCUGCUGCUCUAAACAGAGACAUGGAGCACAAGUGAUCCACCGGUUAGAGUACAAAAGGGAGGUUCAUAUAAUGAAUAUCUUCACGAGAGAUCCCAUCCGUCGGAUCGUAGCAAGUAUUUUAUUGCCUCUCUUACUUUUCCAUUUCUUGCCUUACGUAACCUGCCAGCUAGAGUCGGAAUCUGCUGACCGCAAUAGGAAAACCAAUUUUUUCACGGAAUUGAUAAUUGCAAUCAUUUUGCUUGUAAUAUUUAUCUCAUUAAGCACAGUAGCUUGUUGCUUGCACAAAACAUUCUAUAGUGCAGAGAUUGAGGCAGCAGGCCAUGAACUGUUGUACAGUAUGAAAGGUUUCCAUAUCCGAGCAUGGAUGUUGAAACGGGAAAUGCACAAAGAGGUGUUCAAGAACACCCCAAUGAGAGAAAUUUCACAGGUAAUAGUGUGGCAUGGAAUAAUAAUGCAAAUUAUGGAAUACCUCGAUCGAGAUCUACCGGGUUACCGUCAAGCUGGCAGAUUCCUGAGAUAUUCUUUCCUCGAUCUUAUUCAACCGGACAUUCAUUGGUACAACUAGGUGAGAAUCUAGACCGAUUCAAACUGCUGUUACCAGAGGAGGUGCAUAGACAAUUGGUUAGCUUGAAACUGAUAAGGAGAAGCCACAUGGCGUUACCUCAAGCCAUGAGUUCGAGACAGGGCUACCGGAGCGGGAACGAGAGAAGCGGUUCCUCUCUCUUUCUCUUUUCAACCCUUGGGACAAAGGCUCCACGGUCUACACAUGACAGGAAUGAUAAAGUCCGAGAGACUUCUGAAGGUAAGAACAACAACUUCGGUGAAAGGUCAUUUCAACGCCUCAUGCCAGAGAAUGUAUAUUUUUCCCCCUUCAAAAGUUCCAUCUCCGUUCUUGACUAGUUGUUUUUCAAUUAGCAUCUUUCGAAUAUCUUAUACAGUUUUUUUCAAGAAUAUUAAUAUGUAAUUAAUUAAUGUAUUUUUAAGAUUUGACUAUUCCAGACAAAAGUUAUAUAUUUGAUUAAUGUAACAUGUGACGCUCCAUUUAGCAA